AUGGCCGUCGCAGGAAUUGAACGUCGCGUGGACGUCAAAAUCGCUUCAUCGUCAAAAGAAAUCAUAUGUGGAUGGCUCUACUCGUCGCAGAAGUUUACUUCGUCGAGUCGCGGGCCAGCCAUCGUCUUAGCCCACGGCCUCGGUGGAACGAAAGAAUUGAAGCUUGAUGUAUAUGCCGACUGUUUCAAUCAGAUGGGAUAUACAUGCGUUGUCUUCGACUACCGCUGUAGUGGUGGAUCUGAGGGCCUGCCACGAGGAUUGAUUGAUUGGCAUAUGCAACAAGAGGACUGGAAAGCUGUCAUCGAAUAUACCCGUCAGCUGGAGAACGUUGAUCCAGACCAAGUCGGUCUUUUCGGAACGUCCUUCAGUGGUGGACAUGUCAUUCAGCUGGCCGCAUUGGAUAAGAAACUGAAAGCAGCAAUCUCUCAAUGCCCCUUUACUUCUGGCUGGAGGAGUAGUCUUUGUACCGGGGUUACAGUCGCACCGAGGCUUGCAGCGCUUGGUUUACUCGACGUUCUCUUUGGCUCGGACAAAAAGCCAAUUACUGUAUCGCUGACAGGGAAGCCAGGCGAGACGGCUCUGAUGAAUGCACCCGACGUUCUAAGAACAUUUCCACCUCUUAUCCCUGAAGGCCAUUCAUUUCAACAAAGAGUUCCUGCUCGUCUUGUUCUAAAGCUUCCUUUCCUUAGACCAGGUUGCUAUGCAUCUGAUGUUGAAUGCCCGACCCUUUUUGGUAUAUGCGGCCGAGACUCAGUAGCACCUGCGAGCACAACGUUGGCAUAUGCCAAAGCCGCACCCAAUGGAGUGAUCAAGUGUUCCUUCAGGAAUAUCUUCCUGUCAAAUGUCAAGGAGAGGAAUAACCGAGUCAACCAUGCUAUUGCAACUGCGAGUUGA